CCCGGCCUCCCGAUGGAGUCACUCACAAUCAGGCUUUUGACGUCCGCUCUAGUGCAGCUCGAUACGGUUUGGUGGAACCGGAAAACGACGCAGAUAAUUCCGAUUGAUCCAGGUCCCACGGAUCUUGAAGCGGCGCCAACAUGUGUGAUGAUGAUGCAGGAGCACUAGUCAUCGACAAUGGAUCCGGAAUGUGCAAGGCCGGUUUCGCCGGUGAUGACGCCCCACGUGCCGUCUUCCCGUCUAUUGUCGGUCGACCACGCCACCAGGGUGUGAUGGUCGGUAUGGGUCAAAAGGAUGCCUACGUGGGUGAUGAAGCUCAGUCCAAACGAGGUAUCCUUACUCUUAAGUACCCCAUAGAGCACGGCAUCAUCACGAAUUGGGAUGACAUGGAGAAGAUCUGGCAUCACACCUUCUACAAUGAGUUGCGAGUUGCUCCAGAAGAACAUCCGGUUUUGCUAACUGAGGCUCCACUGAACCCAAAAUCGAAUCGCGAGAAGAUGACCCAGAUCAUGUUUGAGACUUUCGCUUCGCCGGCCGUGUAUGUUGCCAUCCAGGCUGUCCUGUCCCUGUAUGCCUCUGGUCGUACCACUGGUAUCGUAUUGGAUUCCGGUGAUGGUGUCUCCCACACCGUCCCAAUCUAUGAAGGUUAUGCUUUACCUCAUGCUAUCCUUCGUAUGGACUUGGCUGGUCGCGAUCUGACCGACUAUCUGAUGAAGAUUCUGACUGAACGCGGAUACUCCUUCACCACCACCGCUGAACGUGAAAUCGUUCGUGACAUCAAGGAAAAGCUGUGCUACGUCGCUCUGGAUUUCGAACAGGAAAUGCAAGCCGCUGCUGCCACUUCUUCAUCUGAGAAGUCCUAUGAACUUCCCGACGGUCAGGUCAUCACCAUUGGCAACGAACGUUUCCGUGCUCCUGAAGCCCUGUUCCAGCCUUCUUUCCUGGGAAUGGAAUCCACCGGUAUUCACGAAACUGUCUACAACUCGAUCAUGCGUUGCGAUGUCGACAUCCGUAAGGAUCUGUACGCUAACAGUGUCUUGUCUGGCGGCACUACUAUGUAUCCAGGUAUUGCUGAUCGUAUGCAGAAGGAAAUCACAUCUCUGGCCCCAUCCACCAUCAAGAUCAAGAUCAUUGCCCCACCGGAACGUAAAUACUCCGUCUGGAUCGGUGGAUCCAUUCUGGCCUCGCUCUCGACCUUCCAGGCCAUGUGGAUCUCCAAGCAGGAAUACGACGAAGGUGGCCCAGGAAUUGUCCACCGCAAGUGCUUCUAAGCUGGACCCACCUCAUGAAUACCAAUAAGCGACAUUGCCAGUAAACGCGACAACAGCAAUAGCAAAGUACAUUCGUCAGCAUUCUGAUUCGUACUCACUAGCAUUCGGAAUCAGUUUGCCUCUAACAUCUUAUCACGUUAUCCAAUGUAACUGUCAUCAAGCUCAGACAACUCGGUACUUUCGCGGCCGCUCUCACAUCUGCGGCGCGAGAAGAAAGCAUCGAAACCACAAGAUCGACUCGUAUGAUAGCCAGGGGAACAGAACAUUCGGUUUCCCCGUAGCAAAUCUUCAAUUACGAUACGGAUAUCUCCAACUAAAUGCUCAUGCGCUUAACUUGUUUUAGAAGUUUAGUGUGACACCAUGACACCACCCCGCUGAUGAUCUAUACUUAGCACCAUAAUAAGUUUUUUGUGUUGGUUCAUCUGGAAACAGGGAACAACAGGGAACAAUUGAAGGCGCGAGAAGACCUCGCAAGUCAUCCUGUUUUCUUUUAUUUUUCUUGUAAUAUUUUUACUCAUAAUUUCAACAUAUUUUCAAUAAUAAAACGUCUCAAAAAAUUA